CUAUCAUCAAGAUUAAUCCUCCACAACCAAGAUCAAGCCUAAUACACAUAAUACCAUCUUACAAUCUCUCAAAAUGGAAUCCCAACCAUCAUCCAAAGCCCUCCACUAUCGCAUCACCACCAACAUCUCACAAUUACUCCAACGCUUCGAGAACAUCAUGGCGACCGCAACCACCGAAAGCACCAGCCACACCUCCACCGCCGUCGAAACGUACCAAUUAGACGUGGAAUCUACAGCUUUGGUCCGCGCCGCAGAAGACAUCCUGGCCCUAACACGCACAAUGAAAGAAACCUGGCUCUUCGGGAAACUCGACACGUUAGGCGAAGACGAAGCGGACGUGAAGCGCCGAGAGGAAUUGGAGAUGAAUGCGAGUGCGAUUCAGAACGCCAUUGAGGAGGGGGGGUUGUUGAAGGCUGCGAAGUAGGAUUUCCUGUGUAUGGUAUGGCAUAAUUGGCAUAUGGGUUUGGUUGGGUUGGAUUGGUUGGCGUUAGUUGGAUGGCGUUAAUGGUUGGGUAGGGAUUGUAAAAACGGAUAUACUGUGUAGAUUAGUUAGUGAGUUAUCUGAGAUAUAGAUACCCUGUAAA